AUGGCUACACCUGCCAGUUCUGACGAAGGCGAGAUUGUGGAGAACGGCAUGAGAGACCCGAAGACCUCGAGCUCAAUAUUCACGAUCAAGAUCGCCAGAGUAUGGGAGCGGCUCGAGACAACACAAUGGCCACUCCCGACGAAGCCGCUCGCCCCGCGGUCACAAGCGACCUCUUCCGUGUCCACUACGAAGACCCCCGCGACAGCUACCGCCGUUCCCGAUUGUCAUAUGAUGAAGAUCAACCCCCUAGUCGUUCAUCAGCUACAGCCCUUCACUACGAUGACGCAGAUGGAGGCCAAGGCCGCAGCAGAGCCAGAGAUCGGAGCCGAGAACGCGACCGCGAUCGCGACCGAGACCGAGAACAAGAUCAAUAUCCUGAGAAGAGACCUCGAAACCGCCCCCGCUCCCCACAUCGUUCGUCACGGGGUGGAAGAGACCGAGACGUUCAAUCAAGACAUGAUGAUGUCCGACAUCGGCGGGGGCCAGAUCGCAAUGGUACUGCAAGUGCCAGAUCCGGAUAUCAAGAAAGGCCACACCAUUAUCUCCGUCAAAGCAUAUACACAAGCCUUGGAGUCGGAAAAGGAGUAUGAAGAGGAGAAGCCCAUCGAUGAGGAUGCCGAGAUCGAGCGUCGCCGACGCCGUCGUGAAGAGCUCCUUGCCAAGACGCGAGGCGCCACGCCCAUGCUUGUCCAAGCUCUACAGGCUUCGGAGAAAAUCAGCGGGUCUUCCCCUGCUCAUACGCGAGCGAGUACGCCAGGAGUUACCGAAGGAAACACCCCAAUGUCUGUCGCUUCAUCGCCACGUUCUCCAGCACAUGUGUUGCAGGAGGGCAUGUCACCUGCUGUGAUAGCUAUCUCUGAUGAUCAGGAUCUUAUCAAUACUCACGGGGAAUCCAGGGAUGUUGACGACGAUGGGCCGUCCGCGGCAGAUUACGAUCCCACCGCCGAUAUGAGAGAGGAUGAGCUGAGAGAUGGCCUUCGAAAUGGUCAUGUUGGCCCGCAUGGGGAAGUACUACCCUCUGACCAGAAGGCUGAAAUUGCCCCGACAGAAGAGGCACAACCCUCAGAGACCCCAAAGGCAGAUGAUGAUGAAGAUGAAGACUUCGAUAUGUUUGCCGAAGAUUUCGACGAAGAGAAGUUUACUGCUCCUAAGUCCACUCAACUCGACACCACUGCAGAGGAUCGCAAGAUUCCUUCCACUGUAGCUCAUCCCAGUGGCGGUGGUAUCCUCGAGGGUGACGAUAAAGACGGAUACUACAAGAUCCGAAUCGGCGAGAUCAUGAACGGGCGGUAUCAGGUCCAGUCGAUGUUGGGUAAGGGCAUGUUCUCGGGAGUUGCCCGAGCUGUCGACAUCACUAACAAGAAGCUCGUCGCCAUCAAAAUGAUGCGAAAUAACGAUGCCCUCAGGAAGGGUGGGUUUACCGAGAUUGCAAUUCUGCAAAAACUCAACGACGCGGACCCUGAGAGUCGUAAGCACAUUGUCAAGUUCGAGCGGUACUUUGAACACAAGGGUCACCUCUGUCUGGCGUUCGAGAAUCUCAGCCUGAAUCUGAGAGAGGUCCUGAAGAAAUUCGGCAACAACAUUGGCAUCAACUUGAGCGCAACAAGAGCCUACGCACACCAGAUAUUCGUUGCGCUAGCUCACAUGCAGAAAUGCAGUAUUAUUCACGCCGAUCUGAAACCGGACAACAUUCUGGUCAACGAAAGCCGCAACAUCCUCAAGCUCUGUGACUUGGGCACAGCCAUUGAUAGAUCAGAUGCCGCAACUGCACACAACGAAAUCACCCCUUACCUGAUUAGUCGAUUCUACCGAGCACCGGAAAUCAUCCUAGGGAUGCCAUAUGACUACGCCGUCGAUAUGUGGUCCAUUGGCUGCACGCUAUACGAACUGUACACCGGCAAGAUUCUAUUUACGGGUAACAGCAACAACCAGAUGCUCAAGACAAUCAUGGAGAUUCGCGGCAAAUUCAGCACCAAGUUGUACAAGCGUGGUGAGUUGUCACAGAUGCACUUCGAUGAAGUUGGCAACUUCAUCAGCGUCGAACAAGAUAAGACGCUUGGAAAGACCACAGUCCGAACCUUGGCCAUAGUCAAGCCGACCCGCGACCUACGUACACGCCUCCUGGCUGCAUCCGGAGGGAUGAACGACGUGGAGUCUAGGGAUCUAAACCACUUCGUCGACCUCCUGGAACGCUGUCUAACGCUCAACCCCGACAAGAGGAUCACACCGUCAGAGGCUUUGAAGCACCCCUUCUUCUCGGCUAAAAUGACCGGAUCCCUGAGAUAG